AUGGCAGAACUCGCGCAAGAUCCAAGCAGCAAUGAAUCUUGGAAAUUCGUCGCACCGCUCGAUGGUGGUGCAUAUGUACUUGGUCCCCAAACCCCACUAUCAGAUAUAUCAGCAGGACCUGGCAGUAUCUGUGCUGUCUGCGUCAAAGUGUUUCAGGGAUAUCGCGAUUUUUUAGCUUUCACUGAGAAGAAUCCCAUCGAGCAUCGUGGCACAUACCUGCCCAUAAUUAUUCCAUGCCAAUCAGCUACAAUAUCCAACGACAGUGGUUGCAGCUUGUGCAAAAAUGAUUAUUAAAUUUUCGGAAAUUAUUAAACAAGCAACACAUCUCACAGUGGCAAUUUAUUCAAAAUAUAUUGGGAUCUCUGCUGAGCCUCCAUUUGGACCACACUUUUCAUUUUCUAUAUACUCAACCGAGACGGUCAGUGCUUCUGAUACCAAUCUUGCAUCAUUGCUUAUAGUCAGUUAGGAAACAUCAACAAUGAAAAGACUGGUCGAGAUACAGGAGGAGAAAUCAAACGGAUCGAUUCGAGGGUCAACUCUAUCUCAGUCGAGAUCCUGGUUGUCCCAAUGUUUACAACAUCACGAAAAUUGCGCUUCUAGUCAUACGUCACUUCUGCUUCCCAAACGGCUGCCUACACGGUUAUUAAAGAUCAAGAAAGAGGAAGACGUUUACUCCGUAUGCGUCGUCGAGACUUCUUCCCUAUCUCCCAAAACAGAUUAUGUGACAUUGAGCCAUCGCUGGGGUACAAGCAGGCACAUCACUUUAACUUCCACAACAUAUACAGGUUUUUUGAGAGAUUUACCUUGGAGAGAGUUGCCCAAAACAUUUGUCGAUGCUAUCGAGUUGAUAGUACUUCUUCAAUUCAACUACAUAUGGAUUGACUCGCUCUGCAUCAUCCAAGACUCUAAUCACGACUGGGUCAAGGAGGCAUCAAUGAUGGCUCAAGUUUAUUCUUUUUGUAUACUCAACAUAUCUGCGGAUGCUGCCAUAGAUGACGACGGUGGAUUGUUCCAACAACACUAUGAAAACUUUUGCGUGACAGGUUUCAAAUCGAACGGCAAGCACCGCAAUUUCGUAUGGCAUAGCGAUGGCAUGUGGGAGGAGAACAUCGAGGCCGAAUGCAUAGGGGUGAAAGCCUCUGAAUUGGGCCUCAGAGGCUAG